GCGGCGCCGCCUCCGCGCUCGUGGCCGGCACCCGCGGGGCCGCGUAGUCCCCGCUCCCCGGCGCCGCUGGGCUCCCGGGAGAGCGGCAGGUGCAGCGGGGCCGGGUGGCCGGCCAGGGGGUCGCCGCAGCAGCGGGUGGAUGAGAGUUGGCCCCGAUCUCCCCACAGGGGAACCGUCUCGUCAUGUCCAGGUGAGGCCAAGGAGCGCCGUGCUGAACAUGCUCAGGAGGCUGGACAGGAUCAGGUUCAGAGGCCACAAGAGAGAGGACUUCCUUGACUUAGCCGAGUCCCCAAAUGCCUCGGACACCGAGUGUGGAGACGAGAUCCCUCUGAAGACGCCACGGCCCUCGCCCCGGGACAGUGAGGAGCUCAGGGACCCUGCUGGUCCAGGGACCCUCAUCAUGGCGGCAGGCGUCCAGGACUUCAACAGGACAGAGUUUGAUCGGCUGAAUGAGAUCAAGGGUCAUCUGGAAAUCGCCUUACUGGAAAAGCACUUUCUUCAGGAGGAGCUCCGCAAGCUUCGAGAAGAGACCAACUCAGAGAUGCUGCGGCAGGAGCUAGAUCGGGAACGGCAGCGCCGGAUUGAACUGGAGCAGAAAAUGCAGGAGGUGCUAAAGGCCAGGUCGGAGGAGCAGCCAGCACAGCCUCAGCAGCCGCCAAAGGGACAGAGCCAGGCCAGCAAUGGCACGGGCACAGACCGCCGCAGCCAGGGGCUGUCCUCCCGAGUACAGAAGUGGUUCUAUGAGAGGUUUGGGGAGUACGUGGAGGACUUCCGCUUCCAGCCAGAGGAGAACACGGUAGAGACGGAGGAGCCCCUCAGCGCCCGCAGGUUAACUGAAAACAUGAGAAGAUUGAAGCGUGGUGCCAAGCCUGUCACUAACUUCGUGAAGAACCUGUCUGCCUUAUCUGACUGGUACUCCAUCUACACCUCUGCCAUCGCCUUCACCGUGUACAUGAAUGCUGUAUGGCAUGGCUGGGCCAUCCCCAUGUUCCUGUUCCUAGCAAUUUUGAGGUUGUCCCUCAAUUACCUCAUCGCCAGGGGCUGGCGGAUACAGUGGAGCAUUGUGCCAGAAGUAUCAGAAGCUGUGGAACCCGCAAAGGAAGAUUUGACCGUGUCUGAGAAGUUCCAGCUGGUGCUGGACGUCGCCCAGAAAGCACAGAAUCUCUUUGGCAAGAUGGCUGACAUUCUGGAAAAGAUCAAGAACUUGUUCAUGUGGGUGCAACCUGAGAUCACACAGAAGCUGUAUGUUGCCCUGUGGGCUGCCUUCCUGGCUUCUUGCUUCUUCCCCUACCGCCUGGUGGGGCUUGCUGUCGGCCUCUACGCUGGCAUCAAGUUUUUCUUAAUCGACUUCAUCUUCAAACGCUGCCCUAGACUCCGAGCCAAGUACGACACACCCUAUAUCAUCUGGAGGAGCCUCCCCACCGACCCCCAGCUCAAGGAGCGUGCUGGUGCCACCGUGUCUCGCAGACUGCAGACAGCCUCAUCACGGAGCUACGUCUCCAGCGCUCCAGCCGGUCUGAGUAAGGAUGAAGACGCCGGUCGCUUUCACAGCACCAAGAAGGGAAAUUUCCACGAGAUCUUUAACUUGACUGAAAACGAGCGCCCACUGGCAGUGUGUGAGAAUGGUUGGCGUUGCUGCCUCAUAAACCGAGACCGGAAGAUGCCCACGGACUACAUCAGGAAUGGAGUUCUGUAUGUGACAGAGAAUUACCUGUGCUUCGAAAGCUCCAAGUCUGGGUCAUCAAAGAGGAACAAAGUGAUCAAGCUGGUAGACAUCACAGACAUCCAGAAGUACAAAGUCUUGUCCGUCCUCCCUGGCUCGGGCAUGGGAAUUGCCGUCUCAACACCAUCAACGCAGAAACCCCUGGUGUUCGGUGCCAUGGUACACAGAGACGAAGCCUUUGAGACCAUUUUCGGCCAGUACUUGAAAAUCACGUCUGCAGCAGCCUCUGGCGGCGACAGCUAGUAUUGACUCCGAGAUGUUGCUGGAAUCCUUUCCAACCAUUGGCUAGAGGAACUGAUGGGGCUGUCCUCACGAUCUUUGGCAAUAAUUCUCCCGGACUGUGUGGCUGGUUACAUUGGCCCUGGGUUCUGCAGACCCAAAGGGCUGCAACUCACAUGGAAAUGGUGCCGGGCUGGCCCGUGCUGAGUGCGUGAAGCACCUUCGUGGACACCUGUGGACACAGGUGGGCAGAGGAUCCUCUCAACCUGUUUGAAGGGUGGCACACAGGACACUCGUCCUCAGGCCCCCGCUAAGCACAGCUCCUCACUCUCCAUCCCAGCCUGGGUACAGACGGAGCACUUGCCAUCCCAUCCUGAGAGGCCCCUUGAUCUUAUGAGGCUCUUCAGAGGCUAGAGGCUUUUUUCCACCAAAGUCAUAGCUGGGAGUGGUUGUAGCCCCUUCCUGCCAGGAUGGUAAGACAGAGAGAAAUGGCGGGGAGGCCCCUCUCCAAGGAAGAAACGGCCAGUCAGCUCACUCGGCCCUCAGACCCUCCUCCCACGCUGGACCUAACUGUGGGCACUGCGAGGCUGUGGGUAGGGCCCCUCAAGGCUUGGGGUUAUGGGUUCCUCCCCCUCCAUUUUCGGUGUCUUGGCCUGAGCUAUCACGCAUCUGGCCCAUCUUGGCUUGACCCUCCAACCAAGAGGCCAGGCCAGUAAUUGGUGGCCGGCUAGGGUCCAGAAUGGCGUGUUGGCAAAAGCACACCUUUUAAAUACUUCGCUCUUCGGGAAGGUUUAGGAGGCAUUCUCCACUCUGGCUGCUCUUAAGUGAGAGACGCGGUGGUCGUCUGGCUGGCACUUGGCCUCCAGGCUGCAGCCACUCUGGGUAAUGGGAUGGGUUAGGGGAACUGGCCUGAGGGUCUGUCAGGGAGAUAUGGGAGGGCCCUGUGCCACAGGAGAUGGCUGUGGGCAGAGCCUAGAGGUUGGAGGACCCGAGUUGCCCUGUACCUCUAACAUCUAACUAACAGUAUUCCCUCUUCCUUCGAGUCCAGCAAGGGCCAGGCAGACCCCACCCUAUCCAUGCUGCCUGCCCCAGCAAAGGUGGAGACUUCAAGGGAGGGCGAUCUUAUAGGCCCGGGCCUCUGAAGGGGGCGACCACCACCCCACCUGUGCAUUUCCCAGGUGAACCACACUCUGGUUCCUUCAGCUUGUCCUGAGUCCUUCAAAUGUCACUGAGAUUGCUUUUUUGAAGAAACAGAAGAUUAUAUUUUUUACAGAGAGCAAGCUGUCUUUCUUAUUUUUGUAUCAUUUUUCAAAUGUAAUUUUUACCUUUGCUCCAAUCCUCAUUUGCUGGUUGUGGGUGUGAGGCCUGGUGGCUUGGGCUCAUGACACCUCAUUCCCAGGGGCUUCAGGCCACACACAAGCACACACACCACCCCAGAUGUGCAGCAAAGGCCACACUGCUCCAGGCCCAUGGCUGGAGGAGGAGUCUGAACAUGGAGUUAGGACCCUCCACCCAGGGUUUGGCCCCUGUAAUAUGCUCAUGCUCUUCAGAGCAUGAGGGGAGAUAAGGGAGGACCUGCUGGCACCCCAACAUGCCAGAUGGGAGGCAGCAUGGCCUCUGACCUGUCUCUGGGGAUGGCUUCAUGGUGGUUAAUGCUUUAUAGACCCUGGCAGUGCCCUGGUUGGCAAGUGCUGCCACCGGCGUGCCACACGGAGGCCUUGAGCUGAACGGGCGAGUGGAACAGUCGGUUUAGUUUGAGUCUCUUUCUCUAGGAAAGAGAGAUGAAGACUGACCAUGGGCUAGGGUAGUUGGUUAGGGAGCGGGGAGUAAGUGGUGGCCCCAAGUUCCACAGCUGGCCACCAGCGGGUCUUUGAGUGGAGCCCAGGGGGACAGGGCUAGACAGGAUCUAGACAUACUUACAGAGACACUGGAGUCUGUACUGGAUUGUGUGAUCUGGGCAGGUGUUUAAUUGCUGACUAAUCACUGACCUAGAAUGUUCAAUUUUUGUAUGUCUGAAGCUUGAGUCUGUUUUGGAUCUGUACAUAAUUGUUACUGGUGUAACUUUUGUUCUACAAAAGGAUCAUAUUCUAUAAAGAACUGAUAGGAAAAAGAAAAAUCUCUGUCACUUUUUUUUUAAAAGACAACCUUGUUUAGAUACAAAGUCUUGUAUAAAUUAUAAUUUUUAUUUAAUAAACCUAAAAUGCUCUGUGCUAA